AUGUCUAUCUGGGACACCUUCACCGGCCGCAAGGCGAGCCCCUCCCCAUCGACAUCUUCCCCGACUUCAUCGUACGCUGAUGCCAGCCCGGGCGCCAUCACCGCGCCCGGCGUGGAUGAUGUCUCCUCCUUCUUCUCCGGCCCGACGGCAUCGUACGACCCAUCACAGCUCCAUCCCCUCGCUGGCCUCAAUCAAGACUCCCUAGAAUUCCUCACCCUCGAAGAUUCGGCCCUCUCAGACCUCCCGGGCGCUAACUCCGCCCUGCCUUCCCGCGGCUGGUCGGAUGACCUCUGCUACGGAACGGGCGUCACGUAUCUCACAGCCCUAACCGUUGGAGGAGCAUGGGGCCUUGCCGAAGGGUUAAACAAAUCGCCGCCGACCGCAUCGCCGCGACUCAAGCUGAACUACAUCUUGAACGCCGUCACAAGACGAGGGCCGUUCCUGGGAAAUUCCGCCGGGGUGGUUGCCUUGGUAUACAACGGAAUCAACUCGACGAUUGGGCACUACCGAGGGAAGCAUGAUGCGGCGAACAGUGUGGUUGCUGGGGCUUUAAGUGGUAUAGUCUUCAAGAGCACCAGGGGAGUGAAGCAGAUGAUGAUCUCAGGAGGGCUUGUUGCCACUGCUGCAGGAGCAUGGACGGUUGCGCGAAGAGCUUUCUUCUAAUUUCGUUUUCCACACUUACGGCAGACACGUCUCCCACGUCGGCGACCAUUCCUAUCUGUACGUUUGUGAUGCAUUAAAGCAAGGCGUUUGGAAUCCAAGCUCUUGACAUUAUGUCAUGGUAUUAAAGGGUUCAACUUGGGCGAGCUGGUUGGCUGCAUAGACUUGAAACGGUGGGAAAAUGGAAGCACCAUGCACUGUCUACGAAUCCAGGUGGCUGCGUUGGGUGAUGGAAUGGUGCAUUGUGUGAGGGCACUUCACACAUUGUGAGUAUCGGUCUUGCGGCUUCCAAUGAUGUCAAGAUACUGUUGUACUAUAGUUUGAAAUGGAUGGCAAAAAUCCUUCUUAUGCUUCCUUGCUCUGGAUCGAAGUGCUACUAUAUGUACAGGUGCGGUGGCAUACAAUCGCCCGGAUGCUUACCUACAAUUCAGAUAGUAGGGGAAUGGCGUCUUCCCCCACCCUGUUGUUUUCUAAAUGAAGGAAAUAGGAAUCCCUUUCCAU